AUGAAGCUAUUACCAAGUGAUUGCAUAAAAUCUGUUGAUGAAGAGAAUCUUCCAAAUGAUCUCAUUCAUACUGUUCAGUUUUAUGAAGCACAUCUACCUCACCCUGUCAUGAUUGAGACAGAAUUCAACACAUGGAGAGCCAAAUGGAAACACAGUGGAGAAGACCCACCCAAUAAAUAUGUAGAUGCUCUUAAAUCAUGUAGCUCUUUCCAGUUUUCAAAUCUACAUACUCUUCUUAGGAUAGCUUUAGCUCUCCCUAUAACAUCCUGUGAAAGUGAGAGAAGUUUCAGCCAGCUUAAUCUUUUGAAAACUGCUUGUCGCUCCACCAUGUCUGACACUAAGCUCAGUAGUCUUGCCAUUGUGAAGGUCAAUCGUGAUUGCUGUAACAAUUUAACGACUCCAAUGAAGCUGAAACAACUUGUAGAGGACUUUACGAAGUUACAUUCCAGGAGAAUGGCCUUGUCCUUCAUGUUGAGAGAUGAUUAA